UUUUCUAAUUGUGGUUGCUGCAUUCAACUAUAAAUUACUGUAUCUAUGCUGCAUUGAAUCAGUUUUGCAGAGCUAGCAGCAAACACACAAGUACAACUGCACAGUCUCGACUUGAUAUCUUAGCGUCAGAUUUAAUUUUCAGGCAUGAGCUCCUCUAAGAUCACAGUCACGGUAGACGUCCACGAUCAGCAAAUUGACGAAACAAAUCCACACAAGUACGAGAUAUCUGUACCAACAAAUGUCAAUAAAGAAACACAGGGCCCCUCUGUCACGGUGGAUCCAAGUGAUGUCAAUACAGCAGCAUGUCAGAUCAUCAAGGUCAAGGUAGACGUCCAAGAUAAGCAAAUUGAAACAAAUCCACACAAGGAUAAGAUAUCUGAACCAACAGAUGUCACUAUAGAAAUCCAAACACAGGGCCCCUCUGUCACGGUGGAUCCAAGUAAUGUCAAUACAGCAGCGUGUCAGACUCUGACAGAUCAAGCAAGUACUCAUGAUCAGACUGUAGCACAUUGGUUUGGACCAGCUGGACAAAUAAAGUAUUGGAAGUCACAAAAGAAUGGAAUACGCAUAUCCAAUAAGAAGAGUAAAACUGCUCAGAGAAAUAUUAAGAAAUGUGAAAAGAAGAAAAAAGAGUUGACAAAAAAAUUCAACAUAGCAAUGAAAAAGGGCCUUGUGACUGUGAAAAGCAGAAGUGUGUUGAUUGUCGGACUAGCUGGAGUGGGAAAGACUGGUGUCAAGCAUUUAAUUUUAGAUUUACCACCUCCCGAGAUUCGCAAUAGCACCGGCACUCUAGAAGGAGAACCGGCGAUUCGACUUGUUCGAGAUAUCGACAAUGAACUAGCUCAGGUGGAUGGAGGUGAAUGGAAGGUACAAGAGAGAGGAGUUAAAAAUGAAAAUGCUGCCAAAUCCGUUUCCAUAUGUAGCAAUGAGAUCUCCAAAAAGACCAACCGUGAAAGAAAGAAAUCUCAAGAAAAAGUUGCACAAUUUAGCACUGAUCCUCAAAACCCAAUCUGCCCUACUGUUUUUAUACUCAAGUGAAUUAAGGACUGGGUCCUUCAAUUAUUGCUGAUUCAGCUAAAACGAAGCUCCGCCCACGCUUUUUACCAGCAAUUGUGCAUAAAAAUGGAUCUCAAACUGCUUAAAUCUUUAGCUCUAAUUCCGGAGUCCUAAACGCUCCUUGAAGCACUUACUUUUUAGUGUAGUAGCUAGUUCUAAGGCUAGUACACACAGUAAUAUUCGGAAGGAGCUGUUCCUUCAACUAAAGGUGAGAUAUUCUAUAAAACAUAGUUUUCUAGCUUAAUUUUUUACAUGUAAAAGCUAAUAACUUACUCUACGUAGUGCAGACGGCUCCUUCCGAAUAUUACUGUGUGUACUAGCCUUAGAACUAACUACUACACUAAAAAGUAAGUGCUUCAAGGAGCGUUUAGGACUCCGGAAUUAGAGCUAAAGAUUUAAGCAGUU